AUGGUGGGCAAGGACGCCUUGUUGGCAUCGUGGCGCAUGAGUUUAAACGUGAGUGAACAGGUCGUUGUCGACGGAAAACGGCUUCGGGUGGAAAGUGAUGGCCUUGACCGUCUCAAAGCUGUGGAGUCCCGCGGCUUUGCACACGCGCACAAUGCACAUACUGCACAUAAGACGACGUUUGCGUUUGUCUCGAUCGCCACGGACGCCACCCAACGGUCCAAGUACUUGAGCACGAUUCUGCGUGUGCCGUGGAAGUACCAGCACAUGAGCCGCGUCUAG